UUCAGGUCCAAGAUUUAUAGCCGGGCCAACUGUAGAGUUUCAAGUUUUGCCCCAGGGUCCGUGUCCAUUACCAAUAUCGCAAGAAAGGAGUUCGUUUUUCUGGAACACACACCCAUACACUCUCCUCUCUCUAUAUGGAUUUUAUGGAGAGAGAGAGAGGAUCGUAAGGAGGGAGAACUCAUCUCGAACGCAAAGCCUCACUCUCUCUGUAUAAUGUCUACUCUCUCUCUUCAUCUCUCCAUUGUUCCUCACAUUCUCUCUCUAAACGCACGCUCCCCCUCGCUCUUCGUCUCUUCCUCUCCCAUUCGCCACUCUAAAUUUUCUCUCUCUUCCCAACUCAGAGGGGCCCCCAUUCGCAGAUUUGGUACCAGAGUGUUUGCUGUGGUGUCUGGUGGGCAAGCAUCAGAGAAAGAUGAGAAGAAAGAGAAGAAAAACAAUGGAAAUUCGAUUAUAAGUCUAACCUAUUUGGAGGGAAAUAGCUGGUUGUGGGGUGUUGAGGGACUGAACAUUCUUGUUGAUCCAAUAUUGGUGGGUAACCUUGAUUUUGGAAUUCCAUGGCUCUAUGAUGGAGCCAAGAAGUUCCUCAAGAAUUUUCAGCUGCGUAAUCUUCCACAAUUGGAUUGCUUAUUAAUCACACAAAGCCUGGACGAUCACUGCCAUGUGAAGACUUUGAGACCAUUAUCGGAGCUGCUCCCUGAUUUGCCUGUCCUAUCGACCCCCAAUGCCGAGACAAUCCUUAAUUCAUUGUUCAGAAACGUAACAUACCUGGAACCUGGACAAAGUACUGAACUGAAAAGCCGAAAGGGAUCAAAGGUCACCGUUCUUGCUUCUGCUGGGCCAGUUCUUGGCCCUCCUUGGCAGCGUCCAGAGAAUGGGUACUUCAUUAUUUCUGAAAAGCACUUAACUCUUUACUAUGAGCCGCACUGUGUAUAUGACCAAUCAUUUCUACAAAAUGAACAUGCUGAUAUUAUUGUUACACCUGUUAUUAAGCAACUUCUUCCUGCACUUACUCUGGUAUCGGGCCAAGAAGAUGCAGUUGAACUAGCAAAGUUAUUGCAGGCCAGGUUCAUUGUGCCCAUGAAAAAUGGAGAUCUUGACAGUAAAGGACUUCUCUCUAGAAUCAUCUUUGCCGAAGGCACUAUGGAAUCAUUCAAGAUAAUGCAGCGGCGGUGGCUCAGCUCAGCGCCCAACCUAGAAAUUUCGGUGUUUUUGGACCGAGGCAGAGGUGCAUGUAAUAUCUGAUGGUUUCUAUAAUUUUUCCCUAUGUGGGACUGCUGUGAUACUUGUUUUUCUGUUCCAACAGUCUGGUUUUGUGUGGAGAUUUUAAACAUUCAAGUAUCUAUAUCAGUCCAUUUCAGAUCUUCGGACUGUUUAUUUUAGAACUUUCCUAGUUGAGGGAUACAAGACCUUUUCCCUGUUUAUCCAUUAGGAUCAUGCUGACGUCUGAUGUUAUCAAUUAGCUUGUUAAGUCUGGAGCACUGUUUUUAGAAUCGACCGAGGAGACUCGGACUAGGUCGAGUUACUUGGCCUCGCCCUCGGCCUAUGGGCGAGGCCGAGUACGACGUUCCGAUUUUAUAUAUAUUGAAAAUAUUUCCCUUUAUAAUUAUAUGCGGUGAAGUGGCCUUUUUGGCUGUUAUUUAAGCCUCAGCAUUUUCACGUCCUAAGUUCGAAUCCCACCAGGCAUUGCCAUAUUUUUUUUAUUAAAAAUAGGCAUUUCUUAUUUUUGAAAAAAUAAAAAUAAGCCCGGCCUUAUUUUAUGAA